AACAGGGCGGAUGACGUUUGAAACAGUGCUUUGUGGUUGAAGGGUUGUGAGGAUCGGCGGACCACGUUGAUCUGUUUGAUGUCACGAGGGUCUAAGCAUUGGAGUUUUAGCAUGAAGAGAAGUGAUUGAUAUUCACUGAUUUCAGUCGCUGACCAAGUUUGGGCAUCGAGAUUGCCAAACAUGCCUCCAACGUCCUCCGUGGAGGAAGCCUUGGCGGCAUCCAAAACGGCAAGGCCUCGGGUAAGGUAAACGAACAAGCGCGCGGCGCACUUGGCAACUGCAUGGUGGAAUCCCAUGCGGGGCCGACAUGGGAAUUCCACGAAGCUUGGCCUGCCCGGACUCUAACGUUGUUUGCCCAACUUUCUUUUUCAUUGAGUCGAUAUUCGUCUCAGGAGCUAUGGCCGUGCCGUAUCCGCGACAAUUGCUAUUUUCAUGGAAGAUUAGCUCGAUCUCAAUCGCUCGUUUGGGUUUGCUGCAGGUAUCCUUCGGACAGGUCGGCAGGAAGUCAGGGAAUGCGAAUGCUCAACCUUGCCGUUUGUUCUGGUCAAGGUGGAGAUUCGACCAAGCAAAAGAGCGGGGCAUCCUUGGAAGCUGCAUCCCAGAGAGCGGGUUGGCACGGUUGGCUCGUCGGUACCUGAGGUGGGCAGGCGGGGCGUUUGACGAAGGCGAUGCGCUCCCAAUGCUCCCGUGCGACCGGGCGAAAAGCUCCGGUAAAAGACGGAGACACGGAGAACAGAGAGCUUCGAUCAUCUGCAUAUUCAUUUAUGAGCAGCCUCCAAGUUUUCCAUUCAAUUGCUUCUUGCUCCUGCAGCCGUCCUGUGCCCGCUGACGUCACAGGGGGACGUACAGGGCGAGGAGGUUGUCGAUGGGUGUGUCGAACUUCUCGACCCCGCCUCGCAUCGCUCAGCGCUAG